CCAACAACCUACCUCUCACGCGAUACCGCAACAACACCACCCACACACCACACAAUGCCGCCCCCACGAAUACGACCGUCCUCGCUCUUCUUCAGCGCCAAAUCACCGCGCGCCCACACCGCCUCCUUCCGUCAACACCUCCGCCCGCAACGCACCCAGACCCUCUCCACGCUCCUCUCCCGCCUGCGCCUCCAGCUCCAGCCCUCCGGCAACUACACCCCCGCCCUAGCUACCUUCCGCAUCGCCAAAACCACCGCCAAAAUCUUCCUCGCCAUACACCUCGUCUUCACCUACAUCGGCAUGGUCGGCCCCACGCACGGCAUCUCCAUGGUGCCCACGAUCCCGCACUCCUACCGCUCGACCCCCAUGAUCCUGGUCUCGCACCUGCACCGCCGCGGCCGCAACAUUGCCGUGGGCGACGUCGUCACCUUCGACACGCCCGGGCACAAGGACACCAGAGGCUGCAAGCGCGUCGUCGGGAUGCCCGGCGAUUUCGUCGCUGUGCUGUCAGGAGGCAAGGGAAACGGGGAUCUGGGGAAGCGGGACGAUGAGGGGGAUUGGGCGAACGUGAAGGAGGAGGUUGUCAGGGUGCCCGAGGGGCACGUGUGGCUUGCGGGGGAUAAUCUGGAUUGGAGUAGGGAUAGUAGAGUGUUUGGGGCGGUGCCGCUAAAUGUGGUGAAGGGGAAAGUGCUCGCGGUGGUGUGGCCGUUGGAUGCGGCGAAAUGGUUGGGUGGGGAGGAGGGGUUGAGGGAUGUGAGCGAGGGCGCGCAUGAGCCGCUUGUGACGAGGUGAGGGGUGAGGAAAAAAGACGAAAUGAUCGCAAGGACGCGUUGUAUUAUACAGUGUUGCGGUGUACUUGUAGGAUCAGGGCGAUGGGAGAAUGCACAAAGAGCCAAUGCGCUGGAGAAGGAGCGAUGGAAACGAAGCGUGCCCGUUUGUGAGCACCGAAGGGUGUGUAGGAUAUUGAGGACUGUCUUAGUCGGGCACUACUAACUAUUUGAGUAUCACUAGGAGACAUAGCAUGGGGCUCAAUUUAGAGACAGUAGCAAUUGGCACUAUGGGUAUCUCGUCUAAAACAUAGGAAAACCAACACAUUCUCUAAUC